ACAAAUUCAGAUACCGUUAUUUGACUACAUUCUCAAAGCACGUACGACACUUGUGAUCCGGCAGUUCUCAGAUGUGGAAAUUAGUUCUUUUUUUAGCUUGUAGCACGACAUUUUACAAUCUUCCUGAUAAUCAGAUACAUGUACCGUCAAAUUUCGUUGGUCUGAUCAAUGCUGGUGUUACGUGUUAUAUGAAUGCGAUUUUGCAACAGGUAGUUCUUCACCUGUGAGUGAAGACUGCUGUUGUCUAAUUAUUUAUGUGUUCUGCUGCAGCUUUUUAUGAUUGAAGAAAUUUGUAUCACCGUGCUCCAAGUGCGGGUUGAAGAUAUACAGUCAAAACCAAAUAUUGUUAACAAAGCAUGUUACAAACGAGAACUAUUUACUCAUAUCCCAUUAGCAUUUGACAGCAAUUUCCGGGUACAAAAUAAUCUCAUGAAUUCGCUACAAUCAUAUUUCAAAGCGGAAUUAUUAAAUGGUAACGAGCAGUAUGCUUGCGAAGGAUGUAAGCUGAAAGUUGAUGCAGAGAAACAGAUAUCGUUGGACGAACUCCCAGAAUUUUUUGUCUUUCAAAUCAAACGAUUCGAAUACAUCGAUGGUAUUAGCUCCAGAAAAAUCAACGAAUACUUCUCAUUUCCGCGAGAUUUAAGCAUGAAACAGUUUAUAUCACCAAUGCAUGCACAUGAAAAAAAUACAAAUUAUAAACUUGCUGGGAUCGUUAACCAUGAUGGCGUGUCACUCGCAGUGGGACACUACUAUUCGUUUAUAUUCAAUAAACUGGACGAUCAAUGGUAUUUAUUCAAUGACACGAGUGUCACACGUUGUCCAGAACUGCACACCGACAUUGGGCUAGAAGAAGCGUGCUUUGGAGGUAUAAACAAGGACCAUACUGACUAUCUGACGGCAACAGCAUACAUGUUGUUUUAUGAACGGGUAAUUCAGCGGCCACUGUCGGUUAUCAACAAAACACAGACAGAAGAAAUAGUUUCGAAUAAUGCACCUGUUUCUCCUGUAAGUUAAUUUUCAGUCAUCUUUUACGCGUUCGUCUAAUCAAUCUUCCUCUUUUGCAGCUAA